UUCUGCGCGCUCCAAGUGGCACCCAACUUGAGCUCCUCUCCAUUGCGCGAGUGAUCGCGAGCGAGGAGGAGGAGAUCCAACCACGAUUGCGGACGGCGACGGCCCCACGGAGAACGUACAACGCGGUCGUCAUCCCGAAUUACAUUGCGCAGCGCGCGGAGAGGUUGGAGGACUUCCAGGAGGAAAAGCUGUUGCGGCCUCCCUCGUCAUAUCCUCGACCGACGCCAGUGAAGGCCCCGAAGAAGACGCCGAAGAGGAAGAGAUGCCACCUAUCGCUAGGAGCGCAAGGCAGCAGGAUCGGCGGCGGCGAGGAGGUGAUUCAGCCCSCGCGUACGCGGAAUCCUGACCCCGUGCCUGGGAGUGCGGCCACGCUCGUUAAGGAGACUUUCGUGUCAUCGCCGCCCUUUCCGCGUGUGCCCGAUCUCAAUCUUGAUGGAGUCGGUCCAUCAUCAUCAGCAGCAGCCGGAGGAGGAAGCCGAAUGGGAUUUCCGGAUCSCAUAUCCAGASCCCCCGUCCUCGCGGGACCUCUCCUGCCCUUGGAGAAAAGCGAGUUCUUCUUGUCGGAGAUCUCAUUCUUGGGGUACAUCGUCACGGUCGAUGGACUAAGACCGGAUCCGAGGAAGGUGGCUGUAGUUCAAGAAGCCCCAGCACUGGUCACACUCACCCAGGUUCGAGCUUUUCUAGGGCUGGCAUCCUAUUACCGACGCUUCAUCAAGGGGUUCGCUGGUAUAGCGAAGCCCCUCACGAACCUGCUGAAGAAAGAGGAACAACUGAUCGGGACGCCAGAAUGCAAAGUGACAUUUCAGGCGUCGAAGGAGCUUCUGACAUCUGCUCCUGUGUUGGAGCGUCCCGACCCGACAAGACUGUUCGCACUGUACACCAACUGGCAGCCGCAUGCGAUAUCGGCGGUGCUGACUCAGCACGAGGCGGACGGAAGGGAACACGUCAUUGAGUAUGCAUCCAAGACGCUGAGCCAGGCGCAGGCUUAUUACGAAGCGUGCAAAGGCGAAUGCCUGGCGGUGGUAUGGGGGAUUCAGCAUUUCCGACUGUAUCUUUACGGCCAGAAAUUCAUGCUGACGCUGCUUGCAGAUCGCUUGUUGCGGCAUCGGUUUAAUGAGGAAAGGCGGUUGCGGUACGACAUUCAGCAGGUGAACGUGCCAGCGCCUCGGGUUGCUGAUUUGGCGGCGUACUCGUUGCUUUGCGAUCGGCUGACGUAUGUGGGGGUGUACGUGGAUGUGAGGCAUUUGCCUGGCUGGGAGACGACUCGAGUAUUCAUUGAGUUCCGCACGCUCCAGGUGGCACCCAACUUUGUGCACAGCGUCGCCACGUUUAUCAGAGACUUGACGAUCCUACCACAGCCGGAUCGGGAGCCGGCGCGAAGCUUUGUGCACGAAUACGAGGUGGAAGCGGCCAGAUCGGUGGCUAGAUUGCAAGGACGGGGGGGACACCGAUUCACAGCCCACGAAGUGCUGCUGCGCAAGGCAGAGGACGGACCAAUUGCACCACUGCAUCGGGGAGCACUUUGCGUCUACUAUGUCAUCACACGGCCCAAGCCAGCGGAGAAGGAAGGGACGGUGGCGCUGUACCCAUUCGCCCAGCUCCAGACGAUCGACCCAGGAUUGUUGGAGCUCAUACAUCUUGAGCUCCUCUCCAUUGCGCGAGUGAUCGCGAGCGAGGAGGAGGAGAUCCAACCACAAUUGCGGACGGCGACGGCCCCGCGGAGAACCUACAACGCGGUCGUCAUCCCGGAUUACAUUGCGCGGCGUGCGGAGAGGUUGGAGGACUUCCCAGAGGAAAAGUUGUUGCGGCCUCCCUCGUCAUAUCCUCAACCGACGCCAGUGAAGGCCCCGAAGAAGACGCCGAAGAGGAAGAGAUGCCACCUAUCGCUAGGAGCGCAAGGCAGCAGGAUCGGCGGCGGCGAGGAGGUGAUUCAGCCCGCGCGUACGCGGAAUCCUGACCCUGUGCCUGGGAGUGCGGCGACACUCGUUAAGGAGACUUUCGUGUCAUCGCCGCCCUUUCCGCGUGUGCCYGAUCUCAAUCUUSAUGGAGYCGGKCCAUCAUCAKCAGCAGCAGCYGGAGGAGGAAGCCGAAUGGGAUUUCCGGAUCSCAUAUCCAGASCCCCCGUCCUCGCGGGACCUCUCCAUUCAGGUGCCUGCGCAAGGAGAGUGCGGACAUGGUUGUUAUCCCGGAGUAGCGGAGGAGCGUCGACUCAAGCAGCUCCUUCGCUCUCUGAACUUGACUUCUGCCGGACGGAGCCGCAUCUAUGCGCUGCUCGCAGCGGUGUCCCGCUCAAGGUGGGACUCGGUUCCACGAGGCCAAGCAAGGUGGGACCUGGUUCCUCGAGGGCGAGCAGGAAGUCCCGUUCAAGACCAUUUUGGCUGGCGGCAGCGAGAUCUGAAGGUGACGAGGGCAGGAGAACGUCGUCUGGAGGUAACGAGGGAGGGGACGGCAGCAACCAGUUGCGCUUCGUACGAUGGUUUAGAUCGAAGUUGAGCACGUUCUUUCCCUCCGGAGAGGGACAGAGAGAGGCAAAGUCGGGGGAGAAAGGGAACUACAACGUCUACUACAUUGUGAAAGAUGGUGAUACGCUGGAAGGUAUCGCGGACAAGUUCGACGUCCCCCGCCAUUUUCUGAUUGAAGUCAACGAUGUUGAGGGCAGUAAGAAGCUGAGUGCGGGUCAGGUUCUGUGGAUUCCGCAUGUGUACGAAGUGAAGAGGGGCGACACGCUGGACAGCAUUGCGGAGAAGUUCGGUGUGCCCAAGUCGAGGCUGCGGGAGGUCAAUGGUAUUCAGGACGCUGAUUCGAUAUCUAGCGAGGACGCAUUGAUAAUCCCGCCUACGGAAGUUGAGAGCAGGGCGGGAGGGAACGGCCGUGAAGGAGAGCGCCAGGGUGUUCACACUGGGAUGGGAGGAUCGACGUCCGGCACGGCAGGGACGACGGGCAGCGCAGGGCAAGGAGGAGGAUCAACGACGGGGACGGCUGGUAGGAGCGGUACCUCCGGAGGCCAAGGCGGAGGAUCAACGUCCGGGGGGGCGGGUGGCAAAUCUGCAGGGCAAGGAGGAGCUGGGCGCACGAGUGGCGCAGCCGCCGGGCAAGGAGGAGGAUCAACGACGGGGACGAGUGGUAGUAGGGGUACCUCAGCGCAAGGCGGAACAUCAACAUCUGAGGUGGCGGGUGGCACCUCUACAGGGCGAGGAGGAGGGUCAACGACGGGGGCGUCGGGGACGGGUGGUAGGAGCGGCGCCACAGGGCAAGGCGGAGGAUCAGCAUCAUCGACGACGGGGACAUCGGGUGGGUCGGCAACCCGCGGAGGGCAGGGGGACGCAGGGGAAGGACGUGGACAGGGCACUGAGGGCAGGGGAUCCGCUGGCCAGUAAAGCGGGUAGAAAGUGGUAACUCAGGGCAGGGGAGCCAUUGGAAAGAGGAGGGUUAAGAGGGUUAAGAGGUUCGUCUCAGUUCACGAGACGCAGUGGAAGUGCUUCAUGACAAUGCGGGGACACCUAUCGAGGAGGAAAAGGACUGGAAACGAUGGCGUUAAACUUCCUCCUUCCGCCAUUGAGGGUAUGGACAUGGAAAGUGGGACGCAAAGGGAGGUGGGUGCUGCUGAGGGUUAGGACGAGGGGUGGAGGAUGUUCAGGGUGUGGAUGUGGGAGGACCUUCAGGGUGUGGCUGGGUGGAGCUCGUGCCUUCCUCAGAGUGAGCUGUGCUCUAUGAUGAGGUGAGAAGAGGAGUGUGACAGAUUGACAAGAAGUGCACUCGCGAUGGCACUGAAGGUAUUAUAUCUGCUUGGGUGUCUGGCGUCCGGUCCUCGUCAAACGGAUGUGCUCGAUGUAGAGUUAAACACUGUCAAUAACUUGGUUUCGAGGAAGGCGAGGAGAUGGAGGCCGAAGGAGAGCGUCCUCAAAGAGACGUCGCUGCACUGCCUACGGUCACGAAGCUUUACAUCAUAGGAGCCCAAUGGAGGGGAGAGUCGCUACAGGGUCGCGAAGCCAGAGCUAGAAGCGACUUCGUUGGUUGGUUGACGGUUGUUUUUUUUUGUUGUUGACGCUCGUCGUGAGCUUCUUUUUUCCUGUUUUGUCCUGAUUUUCGGCGCGAAGUUCUUUUAUCUCUACAGUCAAGAAGGUGUACGUUAGAGACAGGAGUCCGAGGGAGGGAUUAUUCAAUACCAGAGGAGGCGGAGCCAGAGUGUCGAUGGAGUUGGGUUGACGGUCGGUUCUUGUUGUUGUCGUUGUUGUUGUCGUUGUUGUCAUGGUUUUUAUUCCUGUUUGGUUCGGAUUUGACUGUUACCUCUUCAAAACCCCUCAGAAUGUGAAAAUCUACCUUCACAGACUUGGUUGUACAUCAGAGGUGUCCGAGGGAGGGAAGAAUCAUUGAAGGGUUGCGCAGCCAGAGCUGCAAGGGGGGUCGGUUGAGGGUUGGCCCGUAUAGUGUUCUUUUUGCUCCCGUUCGGUCCCGACUUCGAGGGUAGGGAAAGAGGUUGGAGGUUGAUGUGCUGUUCCUGAUGGUCCAGUUUCUUUCUCCACAAAAUGCUGCGUAUCGCGAUAGUGUUGGGGUCUGCGAACAGGCCUUUUAGCUUGUACACAUAGGAUAGUAUCACGGUAUCUGACCGGCCUUACAGCUUGUAUACAUUUGUCGCGAUGUGAAAGGGAAAGACGAUAGUCCUGAUUGUGGGAGUAAGAGAUCUUCACAGUGGUAUGUCGUCGGCUUUGCAUGUCUUUUUUUUUUUUUUUAACGUCAUUUUCCCGCCGAGGACAAGAAAAGAAAAAGAAAAAGGGGAAACGAGAACUGUCGGGGGGAGAAAAUAUCAAAUGGACGACGUGAAGGGGUAGAAGUAGUAAACCUGUGAGGGCAGA